AUGGAUAGUUCAAAAUGGAUGUCAGGUACUGCUAGUAUAAGAGUGAGUCGCAUUUCGUUGGGUUCAAUGUUGCGCCACAUUUUACUAGUGGUAUUGUUCCUAGCGGCAACGUCGUUUGAUGUUACCGUCUGUGUCUCUUUAGAGUCACAACAGCGACAAUCUUCACCUACAGCCGCCAUCAAAAAUACAACUGCUUCUAACGCAGGAUCUCCAUCGGACAGUUCAAGCCAUACACAUGGUAGCGCCACCCCCGUUAUCAAUGUGCACCGUGUAAACGGUAAUGCACGCCCGUUUGGUGGGAAAUCUUUGCCUUCAUGGGAUUACGCUCGUCAUGGAGCUGAUUGGACAUCUGGUGUUUGCAAGAUCGGUGGCAUGCAAUCCCCUGUGGAUCUUCAUGUUGAAGGUUUGGUGACUCGUAGCCCGCAGAACUUAAAAUCACUUUUUGAGUCUGUCUUGAAAAACAAAUCCUUUUCCACUGCAUUAAAGGAUGGUUGGAAGCGUGGUGACAUUGUUUACUCAUAUCGUCCUUUGAUAUCCUCUGUUCAGGUGUUGCGUACGGACAAGGUAUUCCGUCUGUCUAUUCCCGCGAAUGAGGGCUCUGCUUUCGGAACUCUGUUUACUACUGAUCGUCCUAAUUUAUACAUGGCAACUCACAUUGAGUUCCAUUCUCCGAGUGAGCAUACUUUUGAGGGUUCUGCUAACCGUCGUCAAGUUGAAGUACAAAUAUGGCAUUACUAUGGCGAUGACGUAUCUUCCGACACAGGUAUUCACGGUUUGGAGACGAACGAGCAUACUGACAUGAACGUUUUGGUGAACACGCACGAGUUGACAGCUGGCUUAGGUAAGAAUUUGGAGAAUGUUGUUGGCCACGGACCUAACACCUCCUCGCGUACCUCUGAGGACGCCGUGAAACCUAAUCGGGCUCAUUCCACUGUCCGUACUCCUGCGUCGCAUGGUGGUACUUUACGUUCUCCUAAUGGUUCCGCUAAAGCAGUGCACAACGGAACUCACAGAAGCGUUGGAACACAAACCAAUGUUGACAUUCCGUCGGGUAGCAUGGUAGACUACCAUGCUUCGGGGUCAAACGUUACAGGAGAGAACUCUAGUAACCAUAUCUCUAUCAACACCGGAUCAUCCAACGGCGCGAGUUUGGACAUGCGUAACAAGCCCUCUCACGUCGGUGGUCAUAAACAUGAUGUGGCAACGGAGACGGAUGUUGUGGAUACCACUGGUCACAAUGUUAAUGCCGACACUUUGUUUCACGUGUCUCACCUCGACAAUGCUUCCAAAGUAGAGGGAUCAUCGGUGUACACUAAAUCUCCUGGAUCUCCCUACGAUGCAUCGAAGGGACACAUGUUCUCUAAAUCUCACUCGAUGGAAGAUCACGGUGCUCAUGGUAAUGUGAGCCACCAUGUUAGGGAUAGUGGAGUCCAUGUGGAUAUCUCCGAUGACUUUGAUGUUGAGGAUGGACAUGAAGACGACUUUGACGAAAGUGAUGACCUUAGAAGCGCGAACUAUGUUGAUGACAGCGCUGGUGCUAGUUUUAUCGAGAUCGCUAGUGAUGUUGAGAUGCCAGACGGUACGCAUAUAAUUUCACCUGCGAGUGGGCAGGGACGCUUCCGUACUCAUGGUUCUCAACAAACUUCAGAUAUGAAAGAAUUGGGCGAUUCAUCUGCUUCUAGAGCAAGUGAUGAUAAGAAAUCCCCGGAUUCUGGCAAGAACGCGAGUGGGUCUAAAUCGCAUCCUUUACGUUCUAGGAAAUCCAGGGCAGUCACUGAUCUGGUUGAGAAUGAGAAAUUCGAAUUGUUGCACAAGUACUUAUUAGACCACUUACACAAUGCUGCUUAUGACGAGGACCGCGACCACCGUCACGUUAGCGGUAAGCGCCGUGCUCGUGAUGUUGGCACCCAUUGGGGUCGUUGGGCUGUGCUUUCAAUGACCUUUAUGAGUGAGGAGAUGGACCGUACUCGUAUCGAGACACUUAAGUCGUUUCCUUCGGAGCGUUUUAUGGAGCAGGUUCUAAAGGUUGGUUCGGAGGUUCCUGUUGCUGAGGAGAGUAAUGUAACUAGUGUUGGUGAUCUUGGUUCUGGCGGUAGCUCUGAGCUACCUGUUGUUGAGUUGGAAACUCCCAUUAACCUUUCCUCACUAUUGUUGAUGUUGGAGACUAAGAAUUUGAACUAUUUUGCUUAUGACGGUUCGUUUACUCAUCCUGGUUGCGAGGAGACGGUGAGGUGGUAUGUGGCCAAGGAGCCUCUUCCAAUUUCUACUGAGUUGAUGUUACAAAUACAUCGUAUGCUUAACCAAACUCGUGAGACAACUGCGCAUUCGGCACCUAUCAACAAGUAUCGUGAAUUGCAGAAUGUAAAUAGUAAUAUGCACAACGCUGGUAAAGUCCACUUGGUCCACGCCUACCCUAUUGAGUACUUUGUUGCAGCUUCUUUGAACAGUACACAGGAGUCUCCUCUUACAGCAAAAUCUGGCUUGUUGACUCAGUCGUUUGGUUUAUGUGUUGCUGUAAUGUUGAUUGUGUUCUUUCAGUUAUAG